AUGGACAAGCACAUCGAGGCGUUCAGGAUCCUGGCCAAGAACUACCUCGGCAUCGACGCGCACCCGCUGUUCGGCGCCGUCGAGGAGCUGCUGAUGGAGGUGGACAUCGCCGAGUGCCUCAUGACAGCCAAGAACGCCGGCUCCGAGGAGGAUGCUACCUGA